GCACGACAUGGCCGCUCGACCAGAACGGCCUGUUGUCUGCGUGUGCAACGAGCGCGGGGAGAAUUCUUGCGGAUGCUUGGAUGCGCGCGCGAGCAAGCCUGUCGAGGCUUCAUGCUGCCUGUGUGCGAAGACCUCGCGCUGGCCAUGAUCGCGCGCCGUUGGUUAUCCAUCGCAGCUGAUUCUGCUGGUCGCCGUGCCCAGUGGCUGCCGCUGCGCCUCAGCCACUCAGCGUUUCGACACUGCGAACCCAGCACUAGGCCCGAAGAGCCUGACGAGCUUGCGAUGCGCUGGCCCUUCAUAUCAGUUCCUCGUCUUAGUAUCACCCUCGUUCAACGUUGACGCUGUCGCAAGUGUCUCCCGCCCGCUUCACUUAGCCCACGACGACUGUGCUACGAACAGCCGCUGCCUUUCCCGCCUCUCCGCCCUCGGGACGCUCACGCUUGCUUUGAUUCUCCGUCGCAUCAGGCUCCCUCCGCACCCGCCCACACGACACACCUCAGCCGCGCCCUUGUCCCCCCCCCCUUCGACGUUCUUCUCUUGUCCUCUACUGCCUCCUCGCAGCACCAAUCCUCCUCACCACCGCCGACCACGAAUCCGACAUCAGCGGCCAUUUCGUCUAGGUCGUCGCUGUCUCGUCUGCCAAGCCUCCCAGGCCAUCUCCCGCUUCUCUCUUCCCUCCCUGUGCGUCUGCCUGCGUCUGGGAACCGGGCCACUUCACAACCAUGAGCGGUCACUACGCCCGCGUGGCGACCACCGACGACGCGGACCACGAAGAAGGUCACUAUCAACCCUCGCAGCAGAUUCCCGACUCACCGCCCCCGUCGUUCCACUCGUGGGCCUCGUCGCCCGUUCUGCGAAACGACCCCCUCACAUCCGACGCCGACCGCGAGCUGCACGACACCUUCGACUCCCCAUCGGACGAUGAGGGUUCCGACCGUGAGGACGACGCCGAGCACGGCAGGCGGCUGCUCGUGAGGAGCGACACGGCAGACAGCCGCAGCGGCGCUUCGUCGAGGACGACGGGUGGCGCGCCUGCCGUUGAGCGGAGGGUGACGCAGAUCCCCGUCCUGUACGCAGGCCGGACUUUCGGCGGCGGCAACUCCAACGACGGCGUCUUCGCUAAUCUGUCGGCGAAGCCCACCAGAGGCGAAGAGGUGGACGAGAAGCCUCCGAGCUACGAACAAGCAGCCAUGGACAAUGCACCGCCGUACUGGGAAACGACCAUCUUGGCCCCCGGCAUGGUCUCGGACGAAGUCUACGUCGACGGUCUCCCCGUCGGUUCCCUUUUCUCCUUUGUUUGGAACGCCAUGAUUUCCAUGUCCUUCCAGGUCGUCGGCUUCCUGCUCACCUACCUCCUUCAUACCACACACGCCGCCAAGAACGGUUCUCUCGCAGGCCUGGGCAUCACUCUGGUCCAGUUUGGCUUCUCCAUGAAGUCGGCCGGCCUUGUCACAGGCGGCGGAGGCGGGCCCUCCGCACCGACAGGCGACUUCUCGGGCGCGCCCACCGAUCCCAACAGCCACGACUUCACAUCGGAUGACUCCACCGCACCACAGGACGGAACCACGCCCGCGGAUGGUGGCAUCAGCACCACGGAUUGGUUCGCGUACGUGCUCAUGAUCGUGGGAUGGUUCAUACUUAUACGGAGCAUUUCCGACUUUCUCCGCGCCAGGCGGCAUGAGCAAUUGGUCUUGCAGAGUCCCGAUCGGGGCCUGCCCGUGCCCGUUGUCGCCGAGGGCGAAACGCCCAGCCAGGCUGUCUGAGUCACCCUGUUCCAUGUCUAUACACUACCUUGAGUCUCACGUAUUGGAUUAAAUCAUUAGCUCUGCCCGAUUUUUUUUUCUUUCUUUCUGAGAUCAACCGGUCUGUGGUUUACAAACCAUCCUGUAGGGGAGCAAUUGGGGUAAUGGCGUUUUCUCUCGUUUUAUUUUCCUUAUGUAUCUUGGGACGGUGGGUAAGAAAGAAAGCGGGUCUGCUGUAAAGGCCCCAUGCCGUACAAAAGUCAACGCUGCACGCGCAUUUGGGAGUAGUAGCUCCAUUACAUGGCCUCUAAUCGAGGUCUGUUCCAUGUAUACGCGCUGGUACCAUGAAAAAUCCAACGACAUGAAGUCUUAUUCUUCCAA